CACACACACACAUAUACAUACAUACACAUACUCACACAUACACACUGUUACAGUCAUAUGUAUAUGCCUGUUUGUUUUGCUUGUGUGUGUGCGCUCUUUUUCUCUCCCUCUCUUGCUCGCUCGCUUGCUCCCUCCUCCUCUCUCUGUCAGUUCUCAGGUUCGCCCAUUCCAGUAUCCCAUUCGUCUGUGAAGACGUCAAUCUCAAUUACACCUUGUGACGUCAUCACCUUCACAACCAAUCAGCACAGGAGCUCAAAGUUUAAAAGGGAUGCGAGCGGGGAAGCUCGUUCUGCUUUUGCUCUGCCUUGCUUGCGGUCUUUGCUUGCCUUUGUGUGUGUUUUUUGGCUUGUUGUUAUGUGCUGUGAUGUUGACGUGAACUUAGUUUUGAUUUUGGUCUUGUUCUUGUGUUGAUCGCUGUUACCGUCUUGGAUGUGUAUAUGUGACAAUCCCCUGACGUCUGUCUUCAGCCUUUCCCUUGGAUUCGAGGAGUUUAGAUGUCACGUGACAUACAUAUUGCAUCACGCAGAUAACUCCACUGUCUAAACACACUAGUUUAGAAGUGAGCGCCACCCGCUGUAAGUUUUCUCCGUAUAUUUGGUUAGAAGAGUAGAUUAGUUAUAGCGUGAAUACGCUGAAGAUGUUUUGUUUGUUUAUUUUGUAUUAGACAGUUUAGAGGGUAAUUAUUAGUUAGAAUUGGGGUUUUUGUUAUAUUUCUUUCAUUUGUUUGGCGCCACUUAACUCUCGUUUCCCCCACCAUCUUUAAUCUAUAUUGAUUGAUUUAUUGUAUGUUGUGAGAUCUUGUAAAUAAUACUUUAUUGCUUUUUGACUUCCUUUCACUAUUGUAAAUAAAUUCACUUAUUUUUGCAGUAUUUGGGUUGUCGUGUUGAUAUUUUGCCACCAACUGACCACAAAAUAUUAUCACCUUAAAUGUUACCUUUUAAACCCUAGAUACCAAAACUUAAAAGUCGUAACAUUUAAAUGGGGGCUCGUCCGGGAUCUCUUUUUAAUAAAAGAAACCUGAAAUUGUGAUAAGUUUUGUGUUUGUUAGUGGCAAUUGGUGUUAGUUUGUGUAUUGUACAUAAUAGAUGUUUGCGGAAGGAUAUCUUGCUGUUUGUUUCGUGUAGUCUGUAUCAUGGAGGUUUUUAGUUUGGAGGAAUUUGUUACAAAACCAACCAUAGAGCAGAUUAAUGUUUGUAGGAAGCAGGAUUUAUUACUGAUUGCUGAUCAUUAUCAGAUUGUUGUUAACAAGCAGAGUCGUAAGGCAGAAAUAAAAGGUAAGAUACUGUUAAAGUUACAUGAGAAAAGUGUUCUUCUUCUGUCAAAUGUUGUGGAGGAGACUGGUGAAAAUAUUAGCCAGGAUGACGUUGCUGUGGCGCAUCUCAGUCCGGGUGCUGAGGAUGAUCCUAAUGGUCAAGCUGAUGUCGGCGCGGAGGUGAAGGCUGGCUUGCCAGUGUUUGAUCCGUUCUCCCCUAUUUCCUCUGGUUACAGAGAUGAUCCGCGACUGAAAGUCCGCUUAGCCCGUCUGCAGUACGAGGCACAAGAAAAAGCGCAUGCACGUCAGGCUGAAAUAAACUUGCGUUUAGAAAUACGCAAGCUAGAAAUAGAGGCUGAAAAAGUGAUCAAGCUGCGACAGCUAGAUCUGGAGGCGAUGAAGAUUUCUUCUGGCUCAGCUGCGCAGCCCAAUUCGGCUCCUGCCUCUGUGUCCUCUGAUGUGGCCCCGCCUACUGAUCCAGCUCCGACUGCAUUUGACAUAGGUAAGCACAUUGCAUUAGUCCCACCAUUUAGAGAAUCAGAAGUAGAUUCUUAUUUUUGUGCUUUUGAGCGGAUAGCCAUUUCUUUACGUUGGCCUAAAGAGGUUUGGUCACUAUUGCUGCAGUGCAAGUUGUUUGGUAAAGCUCAAGAGGUUUGCUCUACUUUGUCAGUUGAGGAUAGCUUGAAAUAUGAAAAUGUCAAGUCUGCAAUUUUACGAGUUUAUGAACUUGUUCCAGAAGCCUAUAGACAGCGAUUUAGAGCAUGUAAGAAAACAUCUGCUCAGACUUUUGUUGAAUUCGCAAGAGAGAAAGGAAUCUUGUUUGAUAAGUGGUGUAGCGCUAGUAAGGUGGCUGAUUUUAACUCACUGCGGGAACUGAUGUUAAUGGAAGAAUUUAAAAAUUGUUUGCCCGAGCGAGUUGUUGUUUAUCUAAAUGAACAGAAGGUGACUUCAUUGUCGCAAGCAGCUGUUCUAGCAGACGAGUUCAUUUUAACUCACAAGAAUGUUUUUGCUACUGCACGUUCUGAGAAGUCCCAGCCUAAUUCUUCACAAACCAGUAGACCAAAAUCUAGCACAACUCGUGAAGAACGUGAGUGCUAUUAUUGCCACAAACAAGGUCAUGUCAUAGCCGAUUGUUUGGUUUUAAAACGGAAACAGCAGCCGCAAGUGAAAAGUGUAGGGUUUUUAAAAACUCACACUGCUUUCAAUGCAUCUGAUGAUGACAAAAUUGAUGACAAUUAUAAACCUUUUAUUCUGGAAGGAUUUAUUUCGUUGUCUGAAAAUGGUGAGGAUCAGAUUAAGGUAAAAAUUCUUAGGGACACUGGUGCUUUGCAAUCUUUUAUUGUUGCAGACAAGUUAAAGUUGUCAGAUGACACUUUCUGUGGCUCCAGUGUGAUUGUUCAGGCCAUUGAGAUGAAUUGCAUCAAAGCACCGCUACAUCGUAUACACUUGAAGAGUGAUCUGUGUACAGGAUUUGUGAGGGUGGCUGUGCGCCCAUCACUUCCUGUAAAGGGCAUAGAUGUUAUUCUUGGAAAUGAUCUGGCAGGAGGAAAAGUAAUGCCGGUGUUAGAGGUAACGGAAAAACCAGAUUUGUGUGCUCAAUCGGAUUUGACUGACGCUUACCCUGAUGUUUUUCCUGCAUGCGCAGUUACACGUGCACAGACACGCAAGUUGGGUAACGUAAUUGAAUUGGCUGAUUCAUUUUUCUCUCCUCUCCUAGCUGGUGAGAAAAUUUCUGAUUCUGAGACAUCCAGAGAAAAACAAAACACACAAAAUGUUGAUGUAGUGACUGAUACUGAAACGUUAAAGUUACCUGUAUCACGAGAGAAAAUCAUGGUUGCUCAAAAAGAGGAUAAAUCUCUUGCACCUAUUUUCGAUUCUGCUGUCACAAAAGAUGUGAUAAAAGAAAUGAAAAGUGGAUUUUUCAUUGACAGUGAGAUGCUGAUGAGGAAAUGGUGUUCAAAUCCAGGUAGUGAUUUUGAUUGGGAUGCUGUUUAUCAAAUUGUUGUUCCAUCUCCUUAUCGUCAACACGUACUAUAUCUGGCACAUGACCAUCAGCUUGCUGGCCAUCUAGGAAUCACAAAGACAUACAACCGAAUUUUGAAGCAUUUCUUUUGGCCAGGUUUAAAAAAAGAUGUGGUUAAAUACUGUCGUGCUUGCCAUACAUGUCAGAUAGUAGGAAAGCCGAACCAAGUGAUUCCGCCUGCACCCUUGACUCCCAUACCUGUUAUUGGCGAUCCUUUUGAACACAUAAUUGUGGACUGUGUGGGGCCGCUCCCUAAAACAAAAUCUGGUAAUCAGUUUUUACUAACUAUAAUGUGUGCCGCAACUAGGUUUCCAGAGGCUGUUCCCCUGAGAAAAAUCACCGCACCUGUGAUUGUUAAAGCUCUGAUAAAAUUCUUCUCUACAUUUGGCCUGCCCAAAAUCAUUCAAAGCGAUCAAGGUACGAAUUUUCUAUCGAAGCUAUUUAAGCAAAUUUUACAAUCACUCGACAUCACCCAUCGUGUUUCAAGCGCAUAUCAUCCUGAGAGUCAGGGUGCGCUUGAACGCUUUCAUCAGACACUUAAGUCCAUGCUCCGCAAAUACUGCCUGAGUACAGAUAAGAACUGGGAUGAAGGAGUCCCUUUGGUUUUAUUUGCUGCGAGAGAAACAAUUCAAGAAUCGCUUGGAUUUAGCCCAGCUCAGCUAGUGUUCUCUCACGAAAUUAGAGGUCCGUUAAAAGUACUAAAAGAACGCAUGUUGUCUGUUGAAACCAGUAAGAAAACUAACAUAUUAGAUUAUGUUAGUCAAUUCCGUGAUCGUUUACACUCCGCGUGUAAACUGGCUAAAGAAUCUUUGGCCAGUGCGCAGAAAGGGAUGAAGCGCAAGUACGACAGAAAGGCUGUUGCGCGCUCAUUCGCUGUUGGAGAUAAGGUUCUCGUACUUUUACCCGUACCUGGUUCUUCACUUUCUGCUCGUUUCGCCGGUCCGUACGAAAUAAAAAAGAAACUGAGUGAGACGGAUUAUAUGAUUCAUACACCCGAUAGAAAACGCCAAACCCGUGUAUGUCAUAUUAAUAUGCUUAAAGUAUACCAUUCCAAAGAGACAGGUAAGGAUGCCCCGGUUUCAAAGCCAGAAUCCGUUGUUCCCACUGUUGUUGCAGUUGCGGAACAGACUUCUGCUGUGAUGUCAGAUGCUGAUGAUGGUGUAAUUCUUCGUGACCUUCCCCAAUCAUCUGUGAGGUUAGUCAAUUCAGAAAUUUUGAGUGAUCUAAAUUCCUAUCUCAAACAUUUGCCUGCUGAUCAGAAAACAGAUAUCAUUAAGUUAAUAUCUGAUUUUAACUGUUUGUUUGGUGAUGUUCCAACCCAAACAAAUGUGUUAAAACACGAUAUUAAUGUGGAUGGUGCACGUCCAAUAAAGCAGCACGCAUAUCGUCUGAAUAUGGCUAAAAGAUCUAUUAUGCGUCAAGAAGUGAACUACUUGCUUGAAAAUAAAUUGGCAAAACCGAGCAGUAGCCCUUGGAGUUCACCGUGUUUGCUGGUGCCAAAACCUGAUGGAACGUACAGAUUUUGUACUGAUUACCGAAAGGUUAACGCAGUCACUGUCCCAGACAGCUAUCCUUUACCACGCAUGGAGGACUGCGUUGACAAUGUCGGUUCUGCGCGUUUUGUCUCUAAAUUAGACAUGCUAAAGGGAUAUUGGCAAAUUCCGCUUACUGAUAGAGCUUCUGACAUCUCCGCAUUCGUCACUCCAGAUUCAUUCAUGCAAUACAAUUCGAUGGCUUUCGGUCUUAGAAACGCACCCGCGACGUUUCAACGUCUAGUAAAUACAGUGUUGGCCGACAUACCAAACUGUAGCGCGUAUCUCGAUGAUAUAGUAGUUUACUCCAUGAGCUGGCGUGAUCAUGUGCAUUCGUUAAGAGAAAUAUUUACACGACUUUCUAACGCAUCUCUAACACUAAAUUUAGCUAAAUGUGAGUUUGGCCAAGCGACUGUCACAUACCUGGGCAAGGAGGUUGGACAAGGUCAAGUUCGCCCUGUAGAUGCGAAAGUAACCGCUAUUUCGCAGUUUCCAGUCCCCACCACUCGCCGAGAACUACGGAGGUUCUUGGGUAUGGCUGGUUAUUACCGAAGUUUUUGCAAAAACUUUUCUACUGUGGUUAACCCCUUAACAUCUUUGCUUAGCCCUUCUACAUCAUAUGUGUGGUCUGAUGCUUGUCAAAGUGCCUUUGAUAGUGUGAAAGCACUUUUAUGUAAUGCACCUGUUCUUGCUGCUCCUGAUUGUGCAUCACCAUUUAAGCUUGAGAUUGAUGCAAGUGCUGUAGGUUCUGGUGCCGUACUUCUUCAGGAGGAUGAAACUGGUAUUGACCAUCCUGUGAGCUAUUUCUCUCGUAAGUUUAAUAAACAUCAGCUCAAUUAUUCUACGAUUGAAAAGGAAACCCUUGCUCUGUUGUUUGCUUUGCAACACUUUGAGGUCUACGUUGGUUCCAGCUGUUUACCUGUGAUUGUAUAUACGGAUCACAAUCCUCUAGUAUUCCUAUCCAGGAUGUACAAUCAUAACCAACGACUGAUGAGAUGGUCUCUGCUAGUCCAGAAUUAUAAUUUGGAUAUUCGUCAUAAAAAAGGCAUUGAUAAUGUUAUGGCGGAUGCCCUGUCUAGAGCUUAAUUUUUUUUUCUCUCUCUGGUUUAUUUUAACAAACAGGUUUGUUCUUGAGGGUCAGGGUGUUACAGUCAUAUGUAUAUGCCUGUUUGUUUUGCUUGUGUGUGUGCGCUCUUUUUCUCUCCCUCUCUUGCUCGCUCGCUUGCUCCCUCCUCCUCUCUCUGUCAGUUCUCAGGUUCGCCCAUUCCAGUAUCCCAUUCGUCUGUGAAGACGUCAAUCUCAAUUACACCUUGUGACGUCAUCACCUUCACAACCAAUCAGCACAGGAGCUCAAAGUUUAAAAGGGAUGCGAGCGGGGAAGCUCGUUCUGCUUUUGCUCUGCCUUGCUUGCGGUCUUUGCUUGCCUUUGUGUGUGUUUUUGGCUUGUUGUUAUGUGCUGUGAUGUUGACGUGAACUUAGUUUUGAUUUUGGUCUUGUUCUUGUGUUGAUCGCUGUUACCGUCUUGGAUGUGUAUAUGUGACAAUCCCCUGACGUCUGUCUUCAGCCUUUCCCUUGGAUUCGAGGAGUUUAGAUGUCACGUGACAUACAUAUUGCAUCACGCAGAUAACUCCACUGUCUAAACACACUAGUUUAGAAGUGAGCGCCACCCGCUGUAAGUUUUCUCCGUAUAUUUGGUUAGAAGAGUAGAUUAGUUAUAGCGUGAAUACGCUGAAGAUGUUUUGUUUGUUUAUUUUGUAUUAGACAGUUUAGAGGGUAAUUAUUAGUUAGAAUUGGGGUUUUUGUUAUAUUUCUUUCAUUUGUUUGGCGCCACUUAACUCUCGUUUCCCCCACCAUCUUUAAUCUAUAUUGAUUGAUUUAUUGUAUGUUGUGAGAUCUUGUAAAUAAUACUUUAUUGCUUUUUGACUUCCUUUCACUAUUGUAAAUAAAUUCACUUAUUUUUGCAGUA